AUGGCCAAUCCCGCAGGAGGAGAACCGGUCUCCAAAGCUCGGGAACUUUGCCACGAAUGUGGACAAAUUCACUCGUUGCCAGACAAUCAUCUUUAUAACUUCCAAGAUGAAGUAGAUGACGACUUGACUUGUCACAUUUGCCUUCAGCCUUUGCUCCAGCCUAUGGACACGCCUUGUGGGCACACCUACUGUUUCAGAUGUCUUGAAAACUUCAUGCAGGAGUACAGCUUCUGUCCCAUGGAUCGGAAGAAACUGUCCUUCCAGAGCUGCCGGAAGUCUAGCUUGUUGGUACGGAAUCUGCUGGAUAAGCUCAUUGUCCGUUGUCCUUUUCAAGAAGACUGUGCGCAGACGAUGCAACGGUGUGAGCUUGAAGCUCACUUGAAGAACAGGUGCCCUGGCUUCAAGAAAUACACGGCGCGCCUGGAAAGGAAGAGGAACCCUCAGUCCAGGGCGAAGGGAGAGUCUCUUUCCAGGCUGGAAGCAAAGGUCGUAAAAGAUCCCGAGGUAUCAAACGGAGGAUCCUCUUCAGUGACUGGAAGCUCAGAGGCUGCUGCUCUGUCGCCAGAGACCCCAGAUCCUGGAAUGGUUAACCCAGCCUUUGAUGGGAGCGAAGAAGAUUUACCUCAGAGAGCGAGUCUCCUGGCGGAGACAAGCACAAUCGAACUCCACCGAGAGGACCCCGAGGACGAGCUCGGUAUGCGUAUAGUCGGUGGCAAAGACACACCUCUCGGCAACAUCGUUGUGCAGGAGAUAUUUCAAGAUUCCGUGGCGGCCACAGAUGGGAAACUCGCGCCCGGAGACCACAUCCUAGAGGUGAACGGUCUGAACAUCAGCAGUGUGACCCACUGCCAAGCCAUCUCGCUCUUACGCCAGCCCUGUGAGGAGCUCCACCUUCUGGUGCUUCAAGAGAAGGGUUUUACCAACCGGACAGGGCCACCCGUCGUGAACCAGGAAGUGGUCCAUGUGGUCCUGGUCAAAAGAGACCGAUCCGAACCCCUUGGCAUUAAACUGAUCAGAAAAACCGAUGAACCUGGGAUCUUCAUUCUGGACUUGUUAGACGGAGGACUGGCAGCCAAGAACGGGAAGCUGCGUCAGAACGAUAAAGUCCUUUCCAUAAACGGUCAGGAUCUCCGCCAAGGGACGCCGGAAGCAGCUGCACAGAUAAUCCAGGGCAGUGAAGCCCGGGUGAGCUUCGUGAUUCUCCGUCAGUCCGGCGUGCAACUCUCGGAAGCCGCUGAGGACAGCAGCACCUCCAAUGCCAGCAGCAGCAGCAACGGGGGAAGCCCCGUGCGCAGCCGGAGGAAGCCGGAGCAGAGUCACUUCCGGCGAAGGUCCAACUACCAGAAGAUACUCCCUCAAGGAUACUUCAGCCAGGAAAAGGUGGUUACCAUAAAAAAGGACCCCAAAGAGUCUUUGGGAAUAACCAUAGGAGGAGGAAGAGAUAGCAAAGCCAAACUCCCCAUUUAUGUAACCAGCGUCCAGCCAGUCGGAUGUCUCUUCAGGGAUAGGAGAAUUAAGAAAGGAGAUAUACUUUUGAGUAUCAACAAUGUCGAUUUGACUCAUCUGAAUUAUAACGAGGCUGUCUCUGCUCUGAAAUCAAAUGCGGCCUUACAGACGGUGGUGCUGAAAGCGCUGGAGGUGGUAAUGCCAGAGAAGGCAUCGGAAGGGGCCGAGAGCCUGGACAGGAGGGAAAACGGGCACCGCUGGGCGAGCUGGUCUCCUCUCUGGAUCACCUGGCUCGGAUUGCCAAGCCACCUCCACUGCUGUCAAGAUAUCGUCUUGCGCAAAAGCAACUCGGAGAGCUGGGGAUUCAGCAUAGUGGGCGGAUUUGAAGAAAGCAAAGGGAACCAGCCGUUCUUCAUCAAAACCAUUGUGCCUGCCACUCCGGCCUUCUGGGACAGCCGGCUGAAGUGCGGGGACGAAAUUGUGGCUGUCAACGGAGUGUGUGCGGUGGGAAUGAGCAACAGUGAGCUAAUUCCAAUGCUGAAGGAACAACGGAAUAAAGUGACUCUAACGGUGGUCUCCUGGCCUGGCAGCCUCAUCUAA